AUGGGUCCUUUGGCUUCUAGAGGAGUCUUUCUUCUUGUUUGUAUAGGGCUUCUAGCUCUUCAACCAGAGCAGGUUUCUGGCCUGAGAAGCAUUGAUCUUGCUCUGAAAUGGGGCGAAGGGCAAUCUCCAUUUCUUAAACAUCUAAGAGUUCUAGCGGUUGUUGCAGAGGAGGAGGAUGUGCAUAUGAAGCUGAGCUUGGCACCUGCGCCUUCAAUAAUGUUUGAUCCCAAUCAGUCCAACAAAAGAAGUGUUCGAAAAGGAUCAGAUCCCAUUCACAACAGGGGUUAA